UUUUUGUGAUGAAUUGAACAUAACAUUCUUAGAUUUUGCCAAUCUUGCAUGGCUCCAUUAUUUUCAUUCACUGUCCCCAUGAAAUGCAGAGAAAUAAUCUCCUUUUCACAUACCUAUGCUAGGAACUUGUCAAGAAAUGUUCUUGUGAAUAGAAGAAAUUCUGUUUCUCUAGUUUCAUACAAUUCAUUGAUACAUAGAAACUUGUGUUGUGAUGAGAGGCAGAGAGGUAGCAUGUCCCUCAUUGCAUAUGAUGCUAAUAAUAAGAACUACUCAGAAUCAGAAUCACAAGGUAACAACAAUGAAGCCAUGGAUGCAGUUAUGAAAUUGUAUUCAGCCUUCAAGAAUAAAGACACACAAGACUUAGCUGAUAUACUUGCUGAUGAAUGCCGCUGUGUCUGCAAUUUUCUCUCAUUCUUCCAAGCCUUCCAUGGAAAAAGGCAAGUGAUGGAAUUCUUCGGUUAUCUGAUAAAAAUACUUGGAAACCACAUCCAAAUUGUGGUGAAACCAACUCUGCAUGAUGGCAUGAACGUUGGUGUCCAUUGGAAAUUUGAAUGGAAAAAGAUUCAUGUCCCUCUAGGCAAUGGUUUCAGCUUCCACAUUUGCCAAACUUACCACGGAAAAGCUGUAAUUAAAAAUAUUGAGAUGUUUAUGGAGCCAUUACUCCACUUAGAACCAUUUAGGCUGAUAAUAACAUCAAGGCUGACACAGUUGGCGGAGAAGAUCGCCUUAUUUACGGCGGAGAAAUCUGGAAACAAAAAAGCAAAAAAAGUUUUGUUGGUUGUGCUUGCUUUAUUAUCCAUAACUGCCUCCUUAUUGUUCAUGAAACUUGCUGCUUCAUAACAGCCGUGUAAAUACUAACACAAUAGCAUUAGUAACAAAUUCAAUU